GGGGGGCAGGGGGUGGUGGAAACUAGCUGAGAAACAAACUUUUUUUCGCAAACUUUAAUUUAAAUUCUGCUUGCGCAGAUCUUGUCUAUUUAAUGUCGUUAUAAACUCAUAUAAUUUUGGUGUGGGUCCCAUGUCUAAUAACUGAGAUAUGGGCAUACCCAAAAUUUACCAGCCGCCACUGGCACAUUCAUGGUUUUGCAUGAGACCGACGUUAUAGCAAAAUAAAAUAUUGUAAACGUGUUUUACUUUUGAAUUCAGUCACCACAUCUGUGACCUCUGACUGCAAUAAUAUAUUCAACCGUUGUCAAAUUUUUUAUUCUGAUGAAGUUAUGGGUUAAAACAUUCAAUCACUCUUGCAUUUCGUUCAUUCUGUCAAAAUGACUGGACCUCUCUGGAGCAAUUCUGCUUUUCCUCAUGAGAGCAAUAUGCACAUCUUUAGAAAACAAACUUCAGGCCCUGGGGGUUUUACAACAAAUCAGCAAAAGAAACUUGCAAAUUUUAACGUUAAAAAAUCCCGAUGGAAAUAUGUCACAAACAGCGGCUCAAUUUUGCAAAAGUCUUUUUGCUCCAUACCAACUUAAACAUUUCUACAGAGACGAAGAAACCGACGCUGUAUUAAUAGGUCAAAAAAGAGUGGAAGAUGAAAAUGUUGCAGUUUUCGACCGCUGCAUUUAUGAUAACGUAAUUUAUCGAAGCACCAUGUACACUCGUUCUGCGAAAACUGACGAUACUGUAGUUAUGCUGCGUGACAAUACGGUGUUGCAAAUUUUAAGAUUCGAAUCACACAACGGGCAUUGUUACAUUGUAAGAAAUAAAUGUAUAACUGUCCCAGUUCGCGUUCAAAGCAACAAUGUUAAAGCUCAAUUAAGUUUUUACAGCCGAGUAGUUAAAAUUUUGAAAGACUACGAAACAAAAGUAGGAAUCGAAAAUAAUCACCGAAAACUUGUCAACGUACAAGUAAUUAAUAAACAUUAUGUUGUCAUGAUGCCUAACUGUUUUGAAAUUCAAUAGUUCGAACUUAAAUUCCUAUUUUUAUACCCGCAGCUCUUAAGUACAUUCUUAUAUGAACAAAAACUAUGUUACUAGCAGAAGCUAUUUAGCGCUGAAUAUUUUUUUGCUUCAUAUUGAUAAUAUAUUUUAUAAAAUAAUAUUCACAACACUAAUUCCG